AUGGCCAACAGUCUUGGAGAACACGAUGAGCGUGAGACCAGCCACAGGGAACAUGAUUCCAAAGUACUGAAGAACCAGGUUUCAAGGGCAGGAGGCAGGCAGCAGUCAUCCUCAUUUCCUCCCCAGGCCCAAAGCCUGAGAAAACAUAUCACAGGACAAAAGAGGAAGAGGCCUAUAAUGGAUGAGGAAGAGAUAUGGAGGAAGGGGCCCCUGCUGUCCUCUUUCUCUGAGGAGCAGCUGAGUGGUUUUGAGAUACACUGCCAGUCAGCUUUCUGCAGGAGGUGCAUUAAAGGGCUGAUGCAGUUUGUCACUGGUAAUUUUGUGUCUGAGAAUGUAGCCAUCACCAUGGCAGCUAUGGCCACGGUCUUUGUUAGGGGGGUGGUAGAAGCCUUAAAUAUGCACAAAGCCUGGGACAAGAAGGCUCUGCUAUAUACCAAACAUCUGAGAAAAGCUCUCCGGAGGUUAAAGUUGAAAGGUGAAAAUCCCUUCUACAAAGCAUAA